AUGAUGGUGUCGCUGGUGCUUGUCCUCGCUCUUCUCCUGCAUUUCUCCGUUUCUGUAGACAUACAGCGGGGACCCGAGAACCCUUACGCUGAAUCCUCGAAAUGUGAACUUAUUCGCAUUCCCGCUUGUCAGGGUUUGCCCUACAAUACCACCAUUCUACCCAAUAUCAUGGGUCACGCUUCACAAGAAGAGGCUGGCCAGGACAUCACGCAAUAUAAUUCCCUUUGGCCUGCUAGUAUGCAGUGUGAGAACUUUCCAGAAAAUGGUCUCUGUGUUUCGGAGGAUAAGCCAGAGACGAAAGAGACUGUUGAAGCUACUUUAGAAUGCCCGGAAGAAAUGAGGGUUCCAUCGAGUUUUGAAUUUCGAAUUCGACUGAACAGCAAACAAGUCAUUCCUAAUUGUGGGAUGCCAUGUAGUCGUCACUUCUUUAGUCAAUCAAAAAGGAUUAAGUUUUCUCGAUUGUGGAUUGGAUUGUGGAGUGGAUUGUGUGCUGCAUCGACAUUGUUCACCAUCCUCACCUUCUUUAUUGAUAUCAAUCGAUUUCAAUACCCGGAAAGGCCAAUAAUCUUCCUGUCCAUGUGUUACUUCAUGGUGGCCGUUACAUACAUCACUGGACUUUCACUGGGCGACAAGAUUUCUUGCUCUGGGCCCUUCCCACCUGCCAGCUAUGACUCAGCCUCCAGCCUGACCUCCAAACCUCUCUCUUCCUCCUCCUAUCCGCUUCUCAUUACCCAGGGCACCAAGUUCGAGGGCUGCACUAUCCUCUUCAUGAUGCUCUACUUCUUUUCCAUGGCUGGACAUAUUUGGUGGGUUGUUUUAACCGUCACCUGGUAUCUCGCAGCUCGUUGCCACUGGGCUCACGAGGCUAUCUUUCGAAAUGCUCAGUACCUUCACUUUGCUGCGUGGGCCAUUCCUGCUGCUAUGACUAUCUGCCUUCUCGCUAUGGGCAAAGUUGAUGGCGAUCCUCUUUCUGGGGUCUGUUUCACAGGUUUAACAGAUCCAAUCAUUGUGCGAUACUUCCUUGUCGCUCCGCUCUGCAUCUCCCUUCUCUUGGGAGCUUGCUUCCUCAUCGCUGGAUUCGUCUCACUGUUCAAAAUUCGAACUAUCAUUAAGACGGGAGGAUCUAAGACUAACGAUUUGGAGAAGCUAAUCUUCCGAAUUGGGGUGUUCAGCCUACUCUACCUUCUUCCUGCUGCUGUUGUUAUCGCCUGUUACAUCUAUGAGUCGCAGAAAAUGGAUAGAUGGAUGUUGACUUGGUAUACCAACGAAGUGUGUCGAAAUUUUGACCUGAGGAAGAUUGCAGGCUCCUCCAAGUGCAUUAAACAGUUGCAUCAGAUUCUAGGCGAUACAGAACCACUUUCCUCCACUUCAGGUGGUGAUGUGUUCGAUAAAAUGGACACACCGACGUUCGAACUCUUUAUGAUUAAGUACCUCAUGACCCUGAUUGUGGGAAUAACCAGUGGCAUCUGGGUGUGGAGCUCCAAGACCCUUCAUUCGUGGCAUGUCUUUUUUGCGAGGUUAUGCAGGUGCACACCUCCGCCGCCACAGCCACUUCCAGCACCUCAAGGGAUUCAACAGACUGCAGCAGGUCAAGGAAAUCGACAAAUGCAGAAUCGUGGGGCUUUUUCAGGUAUAAAAGGCACACAGCAACAGCAGCAGGCAUUGUUGGAUGGUGGAAAAAUGUCGAUGGCUGAAUUGGGUGGAUCAACAAAUUGGUCAAGAGGACAACCAUCGGGCGCCCCUACAAGUGCUGAAAAUCCAGGAGGCGUAAGUCAUGCCGGUGGUUUCAAUUGGCCUCCACCCUCACAAACAAUGGGGUACUUUGAACACACUCCAUUACAAUGA